AUGAUCGAACUUCAGGAACAGGUAACCGUAUCAAAUGCGCAUACAGUGACAUUAUUAAGUGUUCAACGAGGUAUAUCUGGUGUUUAUAAGUGUGAAGUAUCUGCUGAUGCACCAUAUUUUCAUACAGAUAUUAGAUCGGCACAAAUGACUGUAGUUGAAAUUCCAAAUGGAAUACCGGUGGUAACUGUGGAUCGAUUGCGAUUUGCACAAGGUGGACCAUUAAUUGCCGAUUGUACAGCGCCACCAUCAUCACCUGCCACAAAUUUAACAUGGUUUGUGAAUGAUCAAAGGGUACCAGGGUCAACAGCUAAAUCCAUAACAAAAACACGCAAUAGUUCAUUAGAAAUAGCAACAAGUCGUUUAGAAUUAUCAACAGCAGAUCCAACAACACAUCCACAACUUGGACCAAUACGUUUGCGUUGUGAGGCAACAUUAUUUAAAAUAUUUAAAGUAACAAGUAUUGAAGUGGAUAUUAAACCAAAUUCACCACCGUUAUUAUCAGCAUCUGUAUUAGGUCAUAGUAAUAACCAUUUUAGUGGUGAGUAUGAAAAAGAAAAUCGUCUUCAAAUUUAUUAG